AUGCAAGACCUGCCAUGUUCAGAGGUCGCGUCGAUCCUGCAGAUUGAACUGAGUCGGGUAGAGAAGUGGGCGAUCGAUCGAUGGUACGUGCUCUUGACAUCCUUCGGUCUUCUUUCGGGAAAGCUCACGCAGACUACUCAAUCUCUACACGUUUACCGUUCGUCAGCGCGCACGUUUGAGCGAGAGCUAUGGAAAAGUGUUUUGUUGUGUGGAAGGCGGGCCUAG